AUGGCAAAGAAAAAGGUUAUACUGGACAAUGGGCUGGUAAGGCUCACAAUACUGAAGCCCCAAGGGUUAUUAACUGGCAUAAAGUAUGGUGGAAUGGACAACCAUUUAGACCUCAUGUCAAGUGAAUCAAGCAGAGGGUACAUUUUUAGGAGUGGUGUUUCAGGCUUUUACUGCUAUGCAAUAUAUGAACUUCCUCCUGAAUGUCGCGCCUUUGAUCUUGCACAAACAAGAAUGAUAUUCAAGCUGCGACGAGAAAAGUUUCACUAUAUGGCAAUCACCGAUGAGAAGCAAAGAAUUAUGCCAAUGCCAGAGGAUCUACUUCCAGAUAGAAGCAAGCAGCUAAUUGUGCCUGAAUCGGUUUUGCUAGUAAAUCCCAUUAAUCCUGAUCUCAAAGGCGAGGUUGAUGACAAGUACCAGUAUUCAAUGGACAACAAAGAUGGUGGAGUCCACGGCUGGAUAAGUUCUGGUCCCAUUGUUGGAUUCUGGGUCAUAUUUCCCAGCCACGAGUUCUGGAAUGGGGGACCUACUAAGCAAAAUCUCACUGUCCACACCGGCCCAUUUUGCCUUGCUAUGUUUCAUGGAACUCAUUACAUUGGGAAUGAUAUAUUAACUCAUUUUGAAGAGGGAGAAACAUGGAGGAAAGUGUUUGGUCCCUUCUUUGUAUAUCUUAAUUCGACAGCCCAUGUUUCACAAGCAUACAACUUGUGGAUAGAUGCCAAAAAGCAGAAUCACUAUGGCCAUAUGAUUUUGUCUCGUCACCCUAUUAUCUUGCUGCUAAAGAACGUGGUUCAGCUUCAGGACAACUUUUUGUCCAAGACAGCAACCUUGAUCUUUGACGCUCAAUCCUCAGAGGUUUGUGUCUGGUUCCCUUAUUCCUGCGAAAUAUGCAUAUAUUGGUCUAUCAGCUGCAAGAACCGAAGGGUCCUGGCAAAUAGAAAGCAAGAUUCAAAUGGAAAUUUUAUGAUCAAGAAUGUUAUUCCUGGAGUCUAUGGAAUCCAUGGCCGGGUUUCUGGUUUUAUUGGUGAUUACCUUGGCAAGGAACUUGUUACCAUCUCCUCAGGUUCACAAACACAACUUCACAAUUUGGUCUAUGUUCCAAUCAGAGAUGGUCCAACUGUAUGGGAGAUUGGCUUCCCAGAUCGAACAGCUAUUGAUUACUAUGUUCCUGAUGUGAGUCCGAUGUAUGUCAACAAGUUAUUUCUUAACAGCCCCGAGAAGUACAAGCAAUAUGGGUUGUGGGACAGAUACACGAACAUGCACCCUGAUCAUGAUCAAGCUUUUACUGUGGGCAUCUAUGAUCCGAAGAAAGACUGGUUCUUUGCUCAAGUGGACAGGAGGGGUGCAAACAAGUAUCUCCCUUCAACAUGGAAAAUUAAGUUUAAUCUUAGUUCAGGUACCAGAGGAACUUACACGCUGAGGUUGGCUGUCGCAUCAGCAACCGGCUCUGAUCUUCAGACCAUGGUUUUCCAGGUGUUGAAUUUAGGGACAGAUAACACUGUAUGUCGACAUGGAGUGCAUGGACUCUACCGGCUUUUUAACGUUGACAUAACGUCAUCAUUGUUGAUGGAGGGAGACAAUUCCAUACUGCUCACUCAAGCGAGGGGUGGAGAUGCACUUUGUGGAAUCAUAUAUGAUUGUAUAAGGCUAGAAGCUCCAGAAACCUCAAAAAUGAGCAAUUUCAAUAGCGGAGCAUCAGAUUUUGAUGCAAACUUCAUCGAAAUAAAUAUUGAUCAAGAAUGA